CUUUAUUAUCUACGAGAAAUAAUGGACAUGAGGUUGUUCUAUUCGGGUGUAUCAAAGAUGAAUUUAGUGGACUAUGCACAUACAUGAUAUUUAUUUGAUCCCAAAAUAGUAUAUCAUAUACAAAAUAUUUAUUUCUAUUCCCCAAUCCAAUGAAUUAGAUCUUUUAUUUUUAUUCCUCUGAUGCUACUAUCUUUCUCAGUUUAAUGGUAUCUUAACAAACGACAAUUUCAAUAUGAUUUUAAUUAAGACUCAACUAGUAGCAAUCUAUUGUAAACUCAAGAUAUGAGAAUUGAGUGAUUCAGAGUAGAAAACUAUUUAGCUGUUAGAAUUCUCUCUUGGAAUAAAAGAAGGAAAGCUUUUAUUCAAAGUGCAAAUUCAGUACAAAGAAACCGAGCCAAGCCAAAUAACUUGGCUCUUUAGAUAAACAGACACUCAAAACAUUCACUUCCAAAGAUUGAAUCACCCAGUAUACCCAUACACUGUGAUUCUUUCUACUGAAGCAAACACACUCCUUAACUCGAAGAAGAAGAGAAUCGGAACCAUAUGCUCUCACUACUACUGUUACCAGUGACACACAAAUAUGACAGAGAGCUUACAAUAUAUACUACUGGAGAUGAAUAGCCGUUGCCUAGAGCAGAGCCUUCUCUAGCCUUCAUCAUGCUUUCUUGUAGAGAAGGUGCUAGGAGGAGCGGAUGCAGAAAAGCUGGAGCGUCCGUUAGAAAGAAGACGAACGAGAGGGAUGAUCUGAGAGAUCAUCAAUCGAGGAGUCCAGUUUUGACUUCGAAGGAUGAUGUUUCUUUAAAACGGUGUCGAAGAGAUGAAUGGAGGGUGGGGGAGAAACGUCGUCGUAGUGGAAGCCUCUGACUGAGAGAAGCGUCGCCGUUUUUAAGCCAACAUCUAUUUGGUGUGGGUAAUACCAAACCAAGUCGGAUAUUGUGGGGUGAGCCUUUCCAAUUAGUCCUUGUUUAUAGGAAGGCAAAUACUGUCCAGUUUAACUAAAAUGUAUGGAAUAAUAUGCGUGAGUAUCAAUCUUUCACGUAGUUAGACUUUUUUAGUCACAUUAUCCUUGUGAUUGUACAUAAAAAGUGCAAAUAUAAUUUUUCAUGAAUUUUCCAAUUUAGGAAUUGAGUAGUUACUCUCCAGUCAAAUGAUUGAAUGUGUGAAUACUGAACCAUAUUCAUAGCUAUAUUAGGUUAUCUAUCAAUUUGCAGUGCAUACAACAACGACUGGAAGAGCAAUUUUACCAGGCUUUUAUAGCAUUGGUGUUUCACUUAAAAAAACAUUUAUGGUACAAACUGAAUUUGUACGUUUAUAUUAUAGCACAAAUUGAAAUUGCACUAUAACAUAAAAAUACAAUAUCUUUUACAGUACAAACUCUACGCAUACUUUAACAUUAGGAUACAAGUUCAAUUUGUAUCUCGAAAGUCAAAGAACCGUUACUGUAGAGUAUAGCAGAAGUACCACUCAACCUCUCAAACUCAAUAGAACUUAACUGUCCUACCAUAUUUGCAUUUUCAAGGGAUGCUUGUAAAUAGCACACUUUGGUCGACAGUUAACAUGCACGUAGGGAUGACAAUAAGGCGGGACAGGGCACGUACUUAAUACCCAUAUUCGUCUCGCACCAAGCGCGGGCCGGGGCAUGCAGUUACCCGCGUGAGUACAGGACGGGACUAGUCGACCCACUCUUACAUGUUAUUUGAAAAAAUACAUUCAAAAUAUUACUUUUUAUGAAAAAAACAAAGAAAAAAUAUUAACAAUAGUGAUUAUAGAAUGAAUAAUUGAGUAUAACUAGUUGAAAUAAUACAAAGUAUAACUAGUUUCAUAAAAGUUAGAAUAAAAGAAAUAUGAAUAGAUAUUGUAAAAAACCAAAAAUAAAGAACGUGGAGUGUCAGAAGAAGAUAUCCAUACGAACUCUAUGCUAUUAUUGGUCAGAUAAUACCCGUCCCAUCAUGAGCCAGGUUGAAGUUACCCGACAAAACCGGUUCAAAUUGGCAUCAUCUAUACUUGCAUAAUCUUGUUGGGUGGGGAAGAUGAUGGUUACUAACCCUAGACCAUUUAUAUUAGAAUAACGAGAGACAAAUCUAGAAAAUAGAAAAUAGAGCCAGCAAGGAGGAUGGACCCUCAUUUUUUAGCCUUGUGAAUCGUACGUAGACAGAAACUAUUAUUGUUAAUUAUUAAUAAUCAUCUUUAAUUCCCACCUAACGAACGUGGGCUGGUUGUGGUGGACGGUGCACAAGUUGCAAAAUACCGAUCGAGAAUAUAAUUACUCCAUCCCCAAUAUCACUCAAAGCUAUAGAUCCGGCUUCAGGAUAUCCCAUUGCGCUGUCAGUCAGACAGUGUAUUGGUUUCAUUAAUUCAUUCUUUUGGUCUAUAUAAACAAUAUUUGGCUAGGAUUCAAUUCAUUUUAUUUUUGUUGGAAAGUGGAGACUUGAGUCUCAAAGUGCCUUGCGUACAUAAUCGAAUAACCAGUUGCACGGUUUAUGUGAUUCGGGUUUCACUAACAUGAUGUGUAUAUUAGUUACGUUCAUGAGUAUGAGAGAUGCGUUCAAUUAUAUUUGAACAAAUAUAGAUUACAAAAAUUG